CUGGGGCAAGUUUUCACCGAAAUAAAAGGACCUUUGCCCCUCCCCACCGUUUUUCAACCCUCGUCAUCGAAGAGCUUUCCUUUUUCUCUCUCUAUAUUUUCUCAUCUCCUUUUCCACCGCCGUCGAUCUCGAUCCGUAUCCCCGUUUUCAAAAAAGCUCCAAAAAGAUGGCCAAUGCUGCAUCGGGAAUGGCUGUGCAUGAUGAUUGCAAGUUGAAGUUCCAAGAACUUAAGGCAAAAAGAACCCACCGCUUUAUUGUUUUCAAAAUCGAGGAGAAGCAGAAGCAAGUUAUCGUGGAGAAGCUUGGUGAGCCAACUGAGAGCUAUGAAGAUUUUACUAAAUGUCUUCCCGCUGAUGAAUGUCGUUAUGCUGUGUACGAUUUUGAUUUUCUAACAGCCGAGAACGUCCCAAAGAGCAGAAUCUUUUUCAUCGCAUGGUCUCCCGAUACAUCAAGGAUCAGGAGCAAAAUGAUAUAUGCUAGCUCCAAAGACAGAUUCAAGCGAGAACUGGAUGGAAUCCAAGUGGAAUUGCAAGCAACAGAUCCAACCGAGAUGGGUCUUGAUGUCUUCAAAAGCCGUGCUAACUGAAUACAGUUCUUUUAGGCUUUUGCAACAGGGAAGCUUCCUUCCUUCCUUCCUACAGUAUGUCUUUUACUUAUGUGAAAUGUUUAUAGGUUUCGAAAUGGCAAAACUUGGACAAUUACCGAUUUCCAAGUUUUGCCAUAAAGACUUUUAUCAGUCUCGAUGAUGAUAAACCCGUAGUUUCGGGUGUUUGUGAUUUGUUAUCUAUAGUACCUAUGUUUUGAGUGCC